GGAAGCCGGCGCUCGCUCGUCAUGUUGGAGUUGCUGUUCGGUUUGGUGUGGUUUGCGGGACUCGUGUGCGGCCAGAAUGAGACAGAGCCCAUCGUCCUGGAGGGCAAGUGCCUGGUGGUUUGUGACUCGAAUCCCACCUCGGAUCCUACAGGGACUGCACUCGGGAUUUCCGUGCGAUCCGGCAGCGCCAAGGUGGCUUUCUCAGUGAUCAGGAGCACCAACCACGAGCCCUCGGAGAUGAGCAACAGGACCAUGAUUAUAUACUUUGAUAAUAUACUAGUGAAUGUGGGUUCUAAUUUUGACUCGGAGAGAAGCACCUUCAUAGCGCCACGCAAAGGAAUUUACAGUUUUAACUUUCACGUGGUAAAAGUGUAUAACCGGCAAACGAUCCAGGUGAGCCUGAUGCUGAAUGGAUGGCCGUUGAUUUCAGCCUUUGCAGGAGAUCAGGAUGUGACAAGAGAGGCUGCUAGCAACGGAGUGUUGACCCAGAUGGAAAAGGGAGACCGAGCCUACCUUAAAUUAGAACGAGGAAACCUAAUGGGAGGGUGGAAAUACUCAACUUUCUCUGGAUUCCUGGUGUUUCCGCUUUAAGUGAAAGCAACGUUGUUUUUUUUUCCUGAACCCUAUACUGUCACAGGAGGGUUGAUAACUUUUUAUUUUCCCAACAGCGCAAACGCGUCCCAGAGCUAGACAGAAAAAUCAAAGGGACAGUAUCCCAUUUGGUAGUCUGUAUUCAUAAGCAACUAAUUCAAUGCAUUUCAAUUCAUUCAGAAUAUAUCGCAUAUCUAAUAUACGAACUAGGUCGACGGUCACUUUUUUAAAAAAAAGUACGUGAAACAGUUACCAUUACACAAUAAAUUGGACAUUUUUCAUUUUAGAAAUGGAAAGUUUUAUUUUAGAAAGUACAACCCUGUAACUUAAUUUUCACAGCAUUAGCGUUACAGCCUGGACAGGCUGCCAAAUCGAGAAUACUGUCUGAUACGUUUGUCAGGAACAGCUCUGUUAGGUCUGGUUGCCAAAACGAUACUAUCUCUUCAAAAGUGUAUGAAAGCAGAACAAAUGCUUACUUAUGCCUGUAUAUGUCUGCUAUGCGGAAUUUUAGAGACGGUUGCAGCCCCAAACGCAGCAUUUAUUCUGUUUCUUUAUUCGCCCUUGUAUUUCUACACCCUAUAGAUACAGUAUUGUCAAUUCCGUUAAAGAAGGUUAACAGUCUAUAUAACCAAGCAUAAACCUUAUAACGGAAUUCUGGUGAUUUUGAUCUAGCCAACAAGGGCUGUUAGUUGUGUUUCAGUAUUUCGGUGUAUCCUGAGUUUAUUCUGUGGAGGCUGCUAUGCGUUCUGAUGCAUAUCUGUCGUUUUUGUUCCAGUAUAAUGUGGCCAUAUUGAACGGCAGAAAUAUAAUGAAAAGUUUAUCACUGUAAUAUAUGUGUGAAUAUUUAUAAAAUUGAAUUUUGCUUUAUUUCAAUAAAUUUUAAAUGUAACUUUUAUUUUUGUUAACCAGAAAUCAUGGUUGGUAUGCAUAUUUUAUUCUGACGAGACAGCUGAGAGUUCACACUGAAACAAGUCACAAAGGGAGAUAGCAAGAAUUGCAGAUGCUGGUGUCAGAGCCAGUACAGUGUGGUGCCGGUGGAACACGGUAGGCUAGGCAGCAGAGGAGUAGGAAAGUUCUGAAGUGACCCGACCCGAAAUGUCGGCUUUCCUACUCCUCGGAUGCUGCCCAAGCCGCAAAGGGAAAUAGAUUCCGCCGGAUUGUUCUAAAAUAUCAGGACAAUGUUUAGUCACCGCCGAGAUCCAUUCAGGAAAUCGGUUUGAUAGAAGAAAACACACAUUUGCAGAGCGAAAUUAGUCCUAUAUAUGCUGUGGAGAUAUUUUGUGCCAAGGUCACACCUAUUUGUGUGCUCCAGCAUUCAGUAAUUUAGACAUUUCUUGUGUAAACGCUAUAAUUCAACUCAUUGUUACUGCUUGUGUAGAAGGUGAAGACUGGCGCAUGACUGUUUGGUGUGCGUAGUAAUCACCGUCACAAUCCGCCUCGGUGUGAUGACCAGCGUAUUUGAAAACAAUAAGAGUUGUUUCUUUAAAACAAGUGUCCUGUUCUCCUGGUGAAUAGGAACAGGUACUGAAUUACAUUUAAAUUUCCUAUUUUGAUAGGAUCUCGUGGACUGUGCGUUAGUGCAGUUUAAAUUGUCUUUACUUUGGUUUAAAUCCACGACUUUUGCUAAACGUGCGGUAGCAUGGUUUUAAGGAGCCCGCAAUUGUCUUCACUCAUUUCAGCUCAUUUGUGCUACAUUGACACACGAUAGUCUUCAUAUUGAAUUAACAAGCUUUUAAAAAGCAGUGGCCGUUUUGCAGAAGUACUUGACUUUGCUUCAAUUUGCAGAAUAUAACCAAAUCUCGAUAUUCUAUCCUAAGAUUAUUCAAUUUCAGUUUGAUCUAGUUGAAAGGAACCGUUAUUUAAACGCGAAUUCGGACUCAGCAAUAAUUUGUAUGUUUAUUUUCCUCACCAUCAGGUCUGGUUGUAUUUGUAUAGUUGACUUGAAGCCACACCUAUUCUAAGUUGUUACCAUGCGAAAAAAAAUCCAGAAGUAGAAGCUGACAUUACAUUCAUCAACCUGCCAAGACUUGUUUUGAUUAAGAUUUUUUGAUGUGAACUCUGUCACGUGUUCAUGCCAGUGUUUUAAAAAAAUCAGAGACAGGACUGGGAGCACCAGGCCUGACUGCGGUUAAUCUGAGUAACUCCCAACUCACUGCUGCAGUGAACAGCUUAAUUAGCUCCUGUGGGGAAAAUUAACACUUACAUAAUCAAAGAUGCAGUAUUUGCAGCUGUAUUAAUAGGAAAAACCUGAUCUCCGCAUAAUCACCACUUGGAAGCAUAGUUAAUUUAUUUGAGAUGAAUAGGAUUCUGCUUUGAUGAAUAGCAUAAUUCCGUUCUGAUUUUACUCCUUUUUUUCCUCUAUUUGGCUGUGAUCCGCUGGAUUUAGGAGGCGUCUCAAUUUCUCGAUAGUGCCGACGAGGGUCUUAAGCAAACUGCAGUGCGUUGCUUUAGAUUCUAGCUGCACCGCUGUUCCAACUUCAGGGUUUUUCCUCAGACGUAUAAGCGUCCGGAGGGGGGAGAGAAAGAGUCGGGAGUCACCCGAUGAUGUACUGAAUCAUUUACCACGCCGGUGGCCCACAACCCGUGCACCUGUAGAACAGCUGCGAUUGGAGACGUCUCAAAUUUCAAUCCAAGUUUUAGCCAGCCCGCCACUGAGUUCGCUCGAGCGUUGCCUUUUCCCUGCCGAUCAGAGCAAUUUCAUCGUUAAAGUUUAUUCUUUGUUUCUUUUAACCGUUAACAGGUAAAUGCAGUUUCAUCCCCAAACCCUGUCUGGAAGCUAGGUCUCUGGUGACAGACGUUAAUAGAAACUUUACAUUGAGUUCAUCAUCCGUUUUUUACAGCCGGGAACCCAGAGAAACGGUGCGCUGUGACUUCUAGUGAACAAAC